GGAGGAGCUUACAGACACAAACACAAGCUGAAGAGUGACCAGGAAGCGUUUUGUUUAAUUUAAACACCAUAAAUCUCCUGUUUUACAGACAGAUCCUGAGGUAAAUUCAGCAAUGCCUGACCGGCAUCACCAGUCCAGGACCCAGGAUCGUCCCAGUCGUGAUGGGAGAGACAGGAGCAGAGAGAGGGAGUACCGGAGAGAUGAUCAGAGAUACAGGGAGGAGAGGAGCGCUGGGUAUCCCAGAGAUGAACACAGCAGGACCCAAAUUAACUCAAAACCACCGGCCUAUGAGGACGCCUAUCACCACGAGCCUCAGGAAAUGUACUCAGACUCGUCAACCUACGAGUCAACGCACCAGCCGUCUCUUUACAAUCUACGAUAUCUUACAACUUCCAGAGGUAUUUGCCAAAUUCUUGAAGUUGCCCUAAACCUGCUGAUCAUCAUCUGCGCCGGGGUGCCGUACAGUAAUAAGGGACGGUACCGGGACAUCGCCAGCCUGGGAGGGCUGUACUACUACUAUUACGGGGGGGCGCAGGCGUUCACGGCGCAGGAGGCGGUGCAGGUGAAUGAGCUGGAUGAUCUUUUCUACCAGAUGAAGCUGCCCUCUUAUACCUACAGCAUGGCGUUUGGGGGGGCACUGAUGGCGUAUGCGCUGGGCGUGCUGGCGCUGGGGCUGUUCCGGGUGCCGUUCCGCUGGCCGGCGGUGCUGCCAGUUGAGGCUGUGCUGGACGCUCUGAUUGGUCUGGGUUACCUCCCUGCCGUGGCUUUUUUCUUCAUUAAGCUGCAGGAGGCGUACAGCAGCCCCGUGUGUAAGCAGAGGGAGGUCAUGUAUCAGAGUAAAGCGCUGAAGGUGGGCGACUGCGGCGUCAGCGGCACCGACGUCGCCGGAGGAAUCUUUGGGGUGCUCUGCUUCAUCCUGUUCCUGAUUAGUGCCGUGCUGGCAGUGCAGGCUUUCCGAACGGUCCGGAGGCUGAAGCAGCAGCGGGAAGCAGAGGAUAACAACCUUUAAUACACCUCUAAUAGAAGACGAGAGAACAAGGACCCAACAUACACCAAUCUUUCAAUGUAAAAAAUAUAUAUAUCAUGGGUAAACCAAGAAAACCUACUCUUUUCACUACAGUAAAGAGUUUUAGAACAGUAGCAGUACCGUACAGCCCAGACCUUGCCAUGUAGGUCAGCCAGACGUCUUCCUUUAGCAGUUUUCUCCAGUUUCAAAACAAGUAUUUUAAAAGUGUAGGAAACAGUACUCACCGUUCUCUGGAUUCAUCUGUAAUUUCUCUAAAGAAAAGACUUCUAUUUUAAUAGUUUAGGCGCACCCUAUAAUAAGGCACACUGUCGAUUUGUGACGAAAAUUUUAGUGCACCUUAUAGUCUGAAAAAUACAGUAUCAGAAUGAACUAUGGUGGACUCAUGAUAAAUAGACCAAUGAUAAGUAUUUUUUUUACAUUGAUUCCCUUGCAAAUUAAGUUUUUUUUGCCUAAUGUAAAUAAUUGUGAAGCUGUUGCCAUGUGGGUCAGCCAGACGUCUUCCUGUAGCAGUUUUCUCCAGUUUCCAAGAGUCAUUUAAAGGUGUAAAUAACAGGAAACAGUACUUAUCACUCUCUGGAUUCAUCUGUAAUUUUUCUAAAGAAAAGACUUCUACUUUUAAUAGUUUACUAUCUGUGUACCGCAUAAAAUCAGCACAACCUGAUUUAAUACAUCAGAUUCAUCUAAUAGUAAGGCACACUGUCGAUUGCUGAGAAAAUUAAAGUGCACCUUAUAGUCUGAAAAGUACGGUGUCAGAAUGGACCAUCAUGGAUUCAUGAUAAAUGGACCAAUUACUAGUAUUUGUUUUUUACAUUGACUACCAUUGCAAACUAAGAUUUUUUUUUUUUUUAACCUCAUGUAAUGUACUAUGAAGCUGUUUCCAUGUGGGUCAGCCAGACGUCUUUCUGUAGCAGUUUUCUCCAGUUUCCAAGAGUCUUUUGAAGGUGUAGGAAACAGUAAAUGCUGCUGCAGUAGAGAGUAACAACAGUAACACCACCUGUUCCAGCACUACAGCUUUACUACAGACAAAGACUUAAAAAACUAAAAAAAAAGACUUAAAAAAAAAACCUGACAUCUUUAUAUGAUUUCCAAAGCUCAGUUUAUUUUCAUUGCCAUUUACCCGCUGUAAGCUGUUAAUUAAUGACUUGUUUCCUACAAAGGACCACGCUUUUUUUUUACCAUAUUCAUUUUUUUUUAUUUGUUUUAUAUAUAUAUAUUUUUAUUUUCAUAAAAAUAGAUUUUAACACUGUAUAUGUUAAAUGUUUACUGUAAAAUAUAGUAAUAAGGUUUACAUAAUUCAGCCAAACACUGUUACCAUAAAUGGAAGGGAUUGUUACCUGACAGAAUGUAUUUUUUAUUAUUUUUCUAUUACUAUUUUUUUUUAAUGUGAACGAUUCAAACCCCAUUCAAACUUUAGUUCACAUGCCACAUGUCAUGGGACACAAUACUAAAUGCUGUUGCUAUUUUUGCCAUGUCCUAUAGAAGUUAAAUAAAGAAAUCUACACUGACCUGUGGGAUAUGUGGGCGGGAUCUCCUGUAGUGAAUGUGGGUGUGGAAUCUAGAAGGUCUAUCAGAGUUGCUUUAGUGUUUGUUCACAGGGACAACUCUAGCCAGAAGCCACCGGUCACCAUCAUUUCCACCCACCUCACUUUUUUGUGUUGCCAAUCCACUGUGAGUCCAUCCAUCUGCACCCGCACUCAGGCCUCACUCCAACUCCUGUAAUUCAUGCCGCCUUGCCUCACAAGAUAAAACCUUGCAACUUAUACACAGCUCUGGAAAAAAAUAAGGAGACCACUUAAAAACGAUGAUUUUCUUUGAUUUUACCAAAUUAAAAACCUCUGGAAUAUAAUCAAGAGGAAGAUGGAUGAUCACAAAACAUCAAACCAAACUGAACUGCUUGAAUUUUAUCCAAAUGUUUUAUUCAAAAGCAGUGUGUAAGACUGGUGGAGGAAAACAUGAUGCCAAGAUGCAUGAAAACUGUGAUUAAUAACAGGGUUAUUCCACCAAAUAUUGAUUUCUGAACUCUUAAAACUUUAUGAAUAUGAACUUGUUUUCUUUGCAUUAUUUGUGGUCUGAAAGUUCUUAAUCUUUUCCCUUAAUUUGACCAUUUCUAAUUGUCUGCAAAUAAAUGCUCUAAAUGACAAUAUUUUUAUUUGGAAUUUGGGAGAAAUGUUGUCUGUAGUUUAUAGAAUAAAACAAAAAUGUUCAUUUUACUCAAACAUAAACCUAUAAAUAGCAAAAUCAGAGAAACUGAUUCAGAAACUGAAGUGCUCUCAUUUUUUUCCAGAGCUGCAUGUCUGUAUAUGUUUUAUGUUACAAGCAAAUUUAUUAUUGUACACUAUUUUUUAUUAAAACAGAUGAAAUGCAUAGCCUUUUGUACACUUUUAAUAAAGAACGUUUAUAUG